UUAUUUAAAUCUUUUUUAAGUUAUAAGAAAAUAAAGCGGCUAACAGCUUUAAAAGAGGCUAUAAAAAGCUUGACUCUUAUCAUUCAACUUUAAACAGUCUUUGUAGAAGAUACUACAAGUGGUGUAAAUUUCUAUUUUUUUUUCUCGACGAAGUAAUAAUAAAAAAUCUAUAGUGUAAAGUGAUAAUGACCACAUAUACCGAUAAAGGAGCAAAACCAGAAGCCGGCAGAUUUCUUUCCUUCGAUCAUUUGACUUUUUAUGUGGGCAAUGCCAAGCAGGCCGCUAGUUUCUACACCACCCGUAUGGGUUUUACACCCUUGGGCUAUCAGGGUUUAGAAACCGGCAAUAGACAAUAUGCCAAACAUGCUGUUAAGCAAAACAAAAUCGUAUUUGUGUUUGUCUCUGCUUACACCACCGAUGAUAAAGAGCACGGUCAUCAUGUCAUGAAACAUGGUGAUGGUGUUAAGGAUGUAGCCUUUGAGGUGGAAGAUAUUGAGGCUAUUUUCAAGUUUGCCAAAGAAAAGGGAGCUGAGGUGAUUAAGGAAUUGUGGGAGGAAACCGAUGAGUAUGGUACCGUUAAAUUUGCUACCAUUAAGACGUACGGUGAUACCACCCAUACUUUUGUGGAUCGCAGCAAUUAUCGCGGCGUUUUCCUGCCCGGUUUUAAAACCCUGCCCAAAGAUGUGUUAUUGGAAAAUUUACCUGCCGCUAAAUUAGACUUCAUUGACCAUGUAGUCGGUAAUCAACCCGAUUUGGAAAUGGAAAGUGUUGCCGCCUGGUAUGAGCGUAUCUUACAAUUCCAUCGUUUCUGGUCUGUGGAUGAUUCACAAAUUCACACCGAAUACUCGGCCUUGAGAUCCAUUGUCAUGGCCAACUACGAAGAGACUGUCAAGAUGCCCAUCAAUGAACCGGCCAAGGGCAAAAAGAAAUCACAAAUUCAAGAAUAUGUAGAGUAUUAUGGCGGUGCUGGUGUACAGCAUAUUGCUUUGAAUACCAGUGAUAUCAUCACAUCCAUUAGAAACUUGAAAGCCAGAGGCAUGGACUUUUUAACGAUACCUGAUUCAUAUUAUGAAAUUUUAACCGAAAAUCUUAAACACAGCCGCACCAAGGUUAAGGAAGACAUGAAGAUUCUUAAGGAAUUGAACAUACUCAUCGAUUAUGAUGAAGAUGGUUAUUUGUUGCAAAUAUUUACCAAAAAUAUGCAAGAUCGUCCCACCUUGUUCUUGGAAGUUAUACAACGUCGCAAUCAUAAUGGUUUCGGUGCUGGCAACUUCAAAUCUUUAUUCACCGCCAUCGAAAUUGAACAAGACAAACGUGGCAAUUUGUAAAUGUAUAUAUUUUCUUUUUAUUUCUGUUUACUGGCGCUGUCAUUAUUUGUAAGGCCUUUAGCAAGCUGUUUAAUAUAAAAAAAUUUAGAUUUAAUUAAUAAAUUUGUUUGUAAUUUUUUAAAACAAAAAUUUAACUGAAAA